AUGGCUGCAACAAUUGGAGUAGAUUUCCGCAUUCGCACAAUUACUAUUGACGAUAAACUCGUUAAAUUAGCAAUUUGGGAUACUGCUGGACAGGAACGCUUUCGGACAUUGACUCCGAGCUAUUAUAGAGGAGGUCAGGGUAUUAUUUUGGUUUAUGACGUGUCUAGCCGAGCGUCUUUUGAAAGUCUCGAACAUUGGCUAUUAGAAGUUGACACUUAUUGCACACGGGCAGAUGCUAUUAAAAUGCUUGUUGGAAAUAAAAUUGACGAGGAUGUUCGUGUUGUAACCAGAGAUGAAGGUGCUCAAUUUGCUCGUCGGCACAGAAUGCUGUUUAUUGAGGCAAGUGCUAAGACUCGGGAGGGUGUCCAAUGUGCUUUUGAAGAGCUUGUUCAAAAGAUUCUUCAAUCACCUGGACUUUGGGAAUCUAAUUUGGCAAUGCGGAGGCGACUUCAAUUGAAAAAUGGGGAUUACGAGUCGAGCGGUUGGUGUGGGUGCUAG